ACUUGCGCCUGCGCGCCAGGAACGCCCGCCCUCCGCCCCGGAAGAGGCGGGGCUUCGGCCUUAACCCGGAAGUGGCCGUGCUACCCUGGUCACUCUCAGAUCCCGCCUUUCGAAAGAUGGCUACGGUGCAGGGGGCUGAGGUGAAAGUGGAUGGCGAGCCGAAACUGAGCAAAAAGUCGUGGUAAUCGUUAGCUCCAGGGUGUUCUGCCAUGUUGAUACAAGCUGCUCUAAGGCUUGUUAGGGGGUCCCUGCACCAAACCUGGGCAGAAUGGGGUCAGAGGGAACUUCGACUGGGUCAACUUGCUCCUUUCACAGCGCUUCACAAGAACAAGGCACUCUCUGAUAAAAGAAGUGAGCUAAAAAGACGCCUUAAAGCUGAGAAGAAAGUGGCAGAGAAGGAGGCCAAGCAGAAAGAGCUCAAUGAGAAACAACUAAGCCAGGCUACUGCCGCUGCCACUAAUCACACCACUGACAACGGUGUGGGUACCGAGGAAGAGAGCCUGGACCCAAACCAAUACUACAAGAUCCGAAGUCAAGCAGUCCAUCAGCUGAAGGUCAGUGGGGAGGAUCCGUACCCACACAAGUUCCACGUAGACAUCUCACUCACUCAGUUCAUCCAAGAAUACAGUCACCUGCAGCCUGGGGACCACCUGACCAACAUCACCUUAAAGGUGGCAGGUAGAAUCCAUGCCAAAAGGGCUUCUGGGGGGAAGCUCAUCUUCUAUGACCUUCGAGGAGAAGGAGUCAAGUUGCAAGUCAUGGCCAAUUCCAGGAAUUAUAAAUCAGAGGAAGAAUUUAUUCGUAUCAACAACAAACUGCGUCGGGGAGACAUAAUCGGAGUUCAGGGGAAUCCUGGGAAAACCAAGAAGGGUGAACUGAGCAUCAUCCCCUACGAGAUCACGCUGUUGUCUCCCUGCCUGCAUAUGUUACCUCAUCUGCACUUCGGCCUCAAAGACAAGGAAACACGGUAUCGACAGAGAUACUUGGACCUGAUCCUCAAUGACUUUGUGAGAGAGAAAUUUAUCAUCCGCUCUAAGAUCAUCACAUAUAUAAGAAGUUUCUUGGAUGAGCUGGGAUUCCUCGAGAUUGAAACUCCCAUGAUGAACAUCAUCCCAGGGGGAGCUGUGGCCAAGCCUUUCAUCACCUAUCACAAUGAGCUGGAUAUGAACUUGUACAUGAGAAUUGCUCCAGAACUCUACCAUAAGAUGCUGGUGGUUGGUGGCAUCGACCGGGUUUAUGAAAUUGGACGCCAGUUCCGGAACGAAGGAAUUGAUUUGACUCACAAUCCCGAGUUCACCACCUGUGAGUUCUACAUGGCCUAUGCAGACUAUCAGGAUCUUAUGGAAAUCACAGAGAAGCUGGUUUCGGGAAUGGUGAAGAGCAUUACAGGCAGUUACAAGGUCACCUACCACCCAGAUGGUCCAGAGGGCCAAGCCUAUGAGAUUGACUUCACCCCACCCUUCCGGAGAAUCAGCAUGGUAGAAGAGCUGGAGAAAGCCCUGGGGGUGAAGCUGCCUGAAACCAACCUCUUCGAAACUGAAGAAACUCGAAAAAUUCUUGAUGAUAUCUGUGUAGCGAAAGCUGUUGAAUGCCCUCCACCUCGAACCACUGCCAGACUCCUUGAUAAGCUUGUCGGGGAGUUCCUGGAAGUGACAUGCAUCAAUCCUACGUUCAUCUGCGAUCACCCACAGAUUAUGAGCCCGUUAGCUAAAUGGCACCGCUCCAAAGAGGGUCUGACUGAGCGCUUUGAGCUCUUUGUCAUGAAGAAGGAGAUCUGCAAUGCCUACACUGAGCUGAAUGAUCCCAUGCGGCAACGGCAGCUGUUUGAAGAACAGGCCAAAGCCAAGGCUGCUGGUGACGAUGAAGCCAUGUUCAUAGACGAAAACUUCUGCACUGCCCUGGAGUAUGGGCUGCCUCCCACGGCUGGCUGGGGCAUGGGCAUUGACCGCAUCACCAUGUUUCUCACGGACUCCAAUAACAUCAAGGAAGUACUCCUGUUUCCUGCCAUGAAGCCAGAAGACAAGAGAGAGACUGUAGCAAACACUGACACAAUGGAAAGCACAGUGGUUGGCACUUCUGUCUAGAAAGUAAUUCCAUCUUGUACACCUCAGGCAUCUACAUUUCUGCCAAAAGGUCAGGUCUUGAAGGAAUUCUUGUGUGCUGUCAUUCAUUUGACCCCCACAGAUCAAUUUAGCUACCAGAAGAGAGAAGAAUUAAGAAUUCUUUUUUACUUCUUGCUACCAAAUAAACUAUUUGUCUCUUUA